CUGGAUCGACAUUCACGCAAUUUCAUUUUAAAAAAAUUAAUGUUUGUUUGACAAGAUAUGAUUUACAAUGAAAAAGAAGAAUUUGAAGAAGAAAGUGAACACGGAAGAAAUAUGAGGAUUAUAUACACGUGAAUUAACAGAUUUAAAUCCCCAUAGUUUGUUCACAUGUCAUGCUAUCCCAUCGACCGAUUGCUCUAUCUAGACACACAUGUCGGUCUGAGGGAUUUUACCCCGCGAUCCGCGGAUGAUUUCGAGCUGGACACUGGCUACGUUGCUGGUCAGCGUAACUUCACGUGAAGUUUGGACCUCGCUGUGUUAUUCCAGGAACUGCUUUAUGACGAUAUCACAUCCGACAACUGAGAACUUUACCUGCACCGUGGGAUAUGAAAAUGAGUUUCAGAAAUUCAAGAAGAAGUAUGCAAUUCUCGAAAAAUACGACCAUCCACCCAUAGGACUGCUCCAUGAAAAACUUAAGCUAACAUUUCUGAGACUUCAAGAUUAUUCCAAGACUCCCCAUCAGGAAAUAACUAAGUACAACAGCAAGGGUCUAGAAAAUGUCACACACGGAUUAGAAAUUCACGUCAGAAUACCUGAAAGUAGUGAGAACAAACGUGUUCUAUAUCUGGAACUGAGCAGCAAAAGCAAACAUGGAGAAAACGAUAGAUUUUAUGAAAGAUUUCCAAAGAAACGAAUAUUUAAUUUUUCCUCAACACGUGCAGUAACUAUCAAAAAUCGUCUUUGUCUUCAAGAUAUCAAGCACUGGCCUGUCUCAUAUACAUUACUUCUAACAUUAUAUCAGCCUCAUAUGACCCCUUUGUCAACAGAACAUUAUCUGUCUUUUUCAAAAGACAAUCUUGCAGUAGCUGUCUCAAAUUUUCCAAAGAAAAACGAUAUCCAUGUCGUCUUUUACACACCUCAAUUCAUGUGUGUUAAACGUCUGUUCUUGUGCAAUGACACUGAUUACAAAACAUGUGAGAAAUUCAUUAGGAAAUGUCCAGAAAAACUUGACAUGAUUUCUCACACAAAUGUAUGCACAUUUUUUGACAUACUUCCAGGGGAAUACUAUAUCAAGGUAGAAAUUAAUUGCCCCUCUAUGGAUAUGGAGGACGGAUCUUUCUACGCUGAGUCGUAUUCUCCUGUGAUAGAGAUCCCAGGACCUCCUGGAAAAGAUGUGAUGAUAAUGCACAAUAAAAGUCAAGAGGAGACAAGCAAUACCCCGUUUAUUAUCAUUGGAUGCUUAAUUGCUCUAAUCCUUUUAAUUGUGAUGUAUAUUGCAGUGAAGAAAAAUGUUUCCCCGAUUCUUGAACGGAGAAGGAAAAAGUCCCAGGCUGAAGAGAUGAACCUAUUCAACCAAUCAGCUGAUCGUUCUACGCAGCCUUGUACACAUUCAUCUGAAAUUCUGUCAGAAUCGAUAAAUCAAGUCUCCGAGGAUAAUAUACACAUUAGACUCAAUGAGAGACUGCAUUUAACAAAUUAUGACCCAGUUUCAAACAUCGCAGAAGAAAAUGAAGAUCUGAAGAGAGAUUUUUGCAAAAUUAAUAGAAUAAAGAGAAAUGAAAAAGCUUGCCCUGUUCAUGGUUAUAGGUCUUAAAUGUAUUAUUUUUGAAACUCCUAAGACAUGAUUUAAAUAAUUUUUGUAUUUAUAGUGAAUAAAUAUUUCUUUGCUUU